GUCAGGUUCAUAAUUUUCAUUUUUCGUUUUAUAUAUGCUAAGGGAGUGAUGAAUAAUUUUCUGUGAGUGUGUAAUAACAUAUAAAUUUUAUCGCCCAAUUUGAGUGAUACAAAAUAUGAAAGACAUGCAUUCGGUACUUCAGAAUCAAUUUUCGGAACUUACAAAAUUAGCCAGAAAAUUCAAUUGUUUCUACCUGUCAGGGUUACAUGAAGGCAUAUGUAAACCGUUUGUAGUCGCAGGUCACCAAGUGGGUUUAAUUCGACCAGAUGUUAUGAAACAUCUUCAUAGAUUUCCUGAGGUGUUUGUUAUUACUGGAAAGUUUGUAGAAUUAAAUCCGGCUUUCAGAGGAUAUAAAGAGAGGACUUCGAAGGUAGCUGAUGUUUUACAGGCUUUACGCAAAGAGAAUGAAAUUUGUGCAUUAAAAGGUUGGAGAGAUGAGUGUUUUGAAGUCAGUACACCAUUUUAUCAUGAAAGUCUCCUGGAAAUGGAUAGAAGUGCUAUUUGUCUCUUUGGUAUUAGGAACUAUGGAGUUAGCGUAAAUGGUUAUUUGACACAUCCCACCAAAGGACUUUGCAUCUGGUUACAGCAGAGAAGUUUCACAAAGCAAACAUGGCCUGGAAAGUGGGAUUGUUUUGUCAGUGGUGGUCUUGCAGUUGGCUAUGGUAUUCAGGAGACUGCUAUCAAAGAAGCAGCCGAGGAAGCUUCAGUUGUCGGUGAUUUGGUCAAGAAAUUGGUGCCAUCUGGAUGUGUAAGUUUCUUCUUUGAAAGUGAAAGGGGUCUAUUUCCGAAUACGGAAUAUGUAUAUGAUUUAGAACUUCCAUUUGAUUUUGUUCCUCAAAAUGCUGACGGUGAGGUGGAGAGCUUUGAACUGUUGACAGCGGAGGAAUGCAUCCAGCGGGCAUUGAGUCCACAGUUCAAAACUACCAGCGCUCCAGUACUUCUUGACUUUCUGAUACGGAAAGGAUAUAUUAAUCCAGAAAAUGAGCCUCAUUACCGACAUAUUGUGGAGUUGUUACAUGUUCCAUUGCAGUCUAUAUACAACUGGCCAUACACCAAUGUAACUACUAACGGAGACGGCAAGGAAUAACACCUUAUUCCCAUUUAAAUAAAUUCUCUAGAUAUUAUUUUAACAAAAGUAUAUAUAAUGAAUAAGAAAGUUUUUACAAAACAAGAAUACCAGUGUUAUUUUUCGUGUGAUUUUUAUUUGGCCUAAUUUAUAUCCGAUAGUUGUUUUAAUCAUUGGGGUAGGCUUAAAGUAUUACCUACUUCCUUUUCUUUCAUAUCUCUCACUUAAGAACACUUUGACCAAAUUCUGUACAGUCGGCUGUAUAAACAUGUACACACUAAAAAAACUUUAGAAAUUGGUACAGGCAUAUGGUUUCAAAAA